AGUACCUACUUCAAAGAAAACUAGAGAAAAAAAAAAAAAACAGAAAACUCGCUGCAACACUUUCUCUUCUCUUCCUUGUUUUCUUUUUUUGCCCUACUGUGUUAGGGUUUCAAGUUCCAUUUUUUUCUCUUCUUGCUAAUGCAUUCAAGCUUUCUUGUUUCUUUCUUGAUUUGUUUCUUGUUGGUUUCUUUAACGAUUGUUGUUCAAAGUUCUUCUUUCUGUUUUUGGGAUCUUGAUCAAGGGUUCUUAUUCUUCUUCUUUUGGAUUCAAUCAUGCCUGCUCUUGUUAACUACAGUGGUGAUGAUGAAUUCUAUUCUGGGGGGUCUUUGUGUGCAAAUCCCAUGGAUUUGGGUAGAUAUUAUUCUAUUGGCUCCCACGUUGAUGCAUACAGCCCUCCUUGCAAGCGGGCGCGCAUUAGUUCCCCAUUUCUCUUUGGAUCAUCUGAGUUUGAGCAGAAUAAGCAGCCAUCAAUUGAUGUUCUUCCAGAUGAAUGCCUCUUUGAGAUCUUUAGGCGCAUCCCUGGUGGCAAAGAAAGGAGUGCUUGCGCUUGUGUCUCCAAGCGCUGGCUUACACUAUUGAGCAGUAUACGGAGGGCUGAACUUUGCAAUGAGAGAAUAGUUCCUGGUUGCAAUGAUGUAGAGAUGGCAUCUUCUUGUGACGAAAAUGGGGAAAUUGAGAGUGAUGGGUACCUUACACGGUCUUUGGAAGGAAAAAAAGCAACUGAUAUGAGACUUGCUGCAAUUGCUGUUGGAACUAGUGGACAUGGUGGGCUAGGUAAGCUUUUGAUCCGGGGAAGCAACUCUAUCCGUGGAGUAACCAACCUUGGUCUAACGGCAAUUGCUCGAGGCUGCCCAUCUUUGAGGUCUCUUUCUUUAUGGGAUGUUCCGAGUGUUGCGGAUGAAGGUCUAUUCGAGGUGGCAAAAGAAUGUCAUUUGUUAGAGAAGCUUGACCUUUGUAAUUGCCCUUCAAUUACCAACAAGGGUUUAAUUGCAAUUGCUGAGAACUGCUCCAACUUGAUCUCUUUAAAUAUUGAAUCUUGUCCAAAGAUAGGUAAUGAGGGCAUACAAGCUAUUGGAAAGUUUUGCAAUAAACUACAGUCUAUAUCAAUUAAAGACUGUCGUCUUGUUGGGGAUCAUGGAGUAUCUAGUCUAUUGUCCUCAGCCACCAAUGUAUUAUCAAAGGUAAAGCUUCAGGCCUUGAACGUCACAGAUUUCUCUCUCGCAGUAAUUGGGCACUAUGGCAAGGUUGUUACCAAUCUCGUCCUCAGUAAUCUUCAGCAUGUGAGUGAGAAGGGCUUUUGGGUCAUGGGUAAUGCUCAGGGUUUGCAGAAAUUGAUGUCUUUGACAAUUUCUUCUUGUCGGGGGAUAACAGAUGUAAGUAUUGAAGCUAUAGCAAAAGGCUGCACAAACCUGAAGCAGAUGUGUCUUCGUAAGUGUUGCUUUGUCUCAGACAAUGGGCUGGUCUCCUUUGCCAGAGCUGCAGGAUCUCUUGAAAGCCUGCAGUUGGAAGAGUGUAACAGAGUUACUCAAUCAGGGAUUGUUGGUGCAAUCUCAAACUGUGGAACAAAGUUGAAAGCUCUUAGCCUAGUGAAGUGUAUGGGGAUUAGAGAUGUAGCAUCACAAAUGGUAGUUUCUUCUCCUUGUAGCUCUCUGCGAUCCUUGUCCAUUAGAAAUUGCCCAGGAUUUGGCAGUGCUAGUUUGGCCUUGGUAGGCAAGUUGUGCCCUCAGCUUCAGCAUGUAGAUCUCAGUGGCCUCUGUGCAAUUACAGAUUCUGGGCUUCUCCCACUCUUGGAGAGCUCUGAGGCAGGACUUGUUAAGGUUAAUCUUAGUGGCUGCAUGAAUUUGACUGAUGAAGUGAUUUCAGCCUUGGCUAGGAUACAUGGUGGAUCUCUUGAAUUGUUGAAUCUGGAUGGUUGCAGGAAGAUUACAGAUGCUAGCUUGAAAGCUAUCACUCACAACUGUUUGUUUCUUAGUGAUCUAGAUGUGUCUAAAUGUGCUGUCACUGAUUCUGGAAUUGCUACCCUGUCUAGCGCAGAUCGGCUCAAUCUUCAAGUCCUUUCCCUGUCAGGCUGUUCUGAAGUAUCAAAUAAAAGCUUUCCUUUCCUAAAGAAAUUGGGCAGGACUCUGAUGGGUUUAAAUCUCCAAAACUGCAGUUCUAUCAGCAGCAACACAGUUGAGCUGCUUGUGGAGAGCUUAUGGAGAUGUGAUAUCCUAUCCUAAUCAGGAAGAGGAGGAACACCGAGUCAAAUGUGCAGAAUUGAAGACAGUGGACUGCCUUGGGGUGGGCAGAAUUGAAGGCAUUAGACUGCCUUAGGACGUUCAAGGAUUUCAGUUGGAUUUGAUAGAUUGUGGAAGGAUUGAGUUUCUUCAGUCAGCUUACACGGAUAGCAGCAUUCAGCAUAGGUUUUUGGCCCAUCAGCAAACGGGUCCCUCUUGUAACUGUGGUUUGGUUAUUUUCCAGAGAACUUUGGCAGGUCAUUCCUCCAUCUUUUUUGCAGGCUUUCCUCGUGUUGAAAGCUUGUUGCGACUGUUUAACCCCCAUUGACUGGGAGGCCUCCUCUUUCAUGGCCAUUGUUUUUUGAGAAUACAGUUACCAAGCUCUAGUUUAUAUUUUCCCUUGUGGCUACUGGCUGCUCCCUUUCACAUCAUGUCAAAUCCUUGUUAUGUUUUGCUGGAUGUAAACAUAGCCCCCACCCCCAGUAUUUAGCUAUUGUCAUAUGUUAUAUGUUGUUCUAUGGUAUGCUGAUCGCAUGAUCAAGCUUUCAUCAUUUCGGUCAUAUCCAGUCGUUUUAAUGGGUUCAUGUUUGUUGUAAGUGUCUUAAUAAAGGGCAGUGGUGCUUGAAGCCCUUAUCAGCGAUCAGGUGUCUCGUAUGUUUUCGUUUAUCCAAGUCCUCUGUGUGUAAGGUUGCUUAGCGCAGUUCUUUAUCUAGGUUCCUCAGAUAGGCAGGUUUUGGCUGUGGUAUCUGGUUCAUCCCUUUUGCCACUACAACAUUGUUUGUUUUUAAGACCAGACCUGAUAUUUCAGGCUUCUCUCUGAUUAGGAAUUGUACUUUGCAACUACUUGAAUAAAAUGUAAUGCUUUUCCCUUUCUUAUGCAA